AUGCAGAGCCAGAUAGUUUGCAGCGGGUGCAGGAGUCUUCUCAUGUACCCGAGUGGGGCCAGCAAUGUCUGCUGCGCCCUGUGUAGUUCCGUCACCAGUGUUCCUCCUCCAGGAAUGGAGAUGGCCCAACUGAUAUGUGGAGGUUGCCGUACACUACUGAUGCACACUCGAGGUGCCACGAGCGUGAGAUGCUCUUGUUGUCACACAGUAAACCUUGCACCAGCACCUAAUAUGGCUCAUAUCAAUUGUGGAAAUUGCCACACGACCCUCAUGUACCCUUAUGGUGCUCCAUCUGUCAAAUGUGCCGUGUGUCAGUUUAUCACUAAUGUAAACAUGGGAAGUGUUAGAGUCCCCAUACCCAUGAAUCAGCCAACCGGACCACACGCAUCAGCAUCCACGCCCUCAAGUUCAGCUGUAAGCAACGUUGUUGUGGGCGUAACGAAGGAUAAAAAGUGA